AUGGCCCCUGCCCCCGAGGCCCAGGCGAAGCCCUACAACCAGGGAUGCCACGCCACCGUCGAGGUUGACGGCCAGACGUCCGUCGUGGAUGCUCUCGGCACGCACCCCGAGGUGCUGCCCGGCAGCCACUGGGUACUGCAGCUCGUGCAGUCGGAGCUGGGCAAGAUCAUGCUGGACAUGGUCAACAAGGACAUCAGGUCCGCUCCGUCUGGCGCAACGGGCCUGACGUUCCGCGACACGCAGCUCCAGAACAAUAUCGGCACCGCCUUCAAGAUCGCGGACCUUGAGUUCAAGAUCAACCAGAUCAAGGCUGUCGACGAGGACACGGCGAAGGCGUUGGAGACGGAGCUCGGCGAGCCGAUCAAGAAGAUCGACAUCCUGUUCAAGAGGUACAAGGCCGGGGCGCCCACGGACGGAGAGCAGCAGACGAAGUCCGUGGCGACGCCGAAAGGGAAGGUCGAGGUCGUGAACCUGCCCUUCUACGACAUUCUGAAGGGCAGGCACGAGCGCUACACGCAGCAGGCCGCGAAGCAGGCGAAGGUCAAAAACAUGCAGCUGAAGGAGGCGGAGGACCACCUGGCCAGCCUGGAGGACGAUCUGCACGGCCUGAACGGCAGGCGCGAGGCCGCCGAGGAGGAGCUCAACGAGGCUAAUGCGAAGCACGCCGAGAUUCUGCAGAAGCUCGAUCAGCGCAGGGCCGAGCUGACUGGUUCUCUCGACGUCAAGGCGCUCGCGCGGCUGAAUGCCAGGAUCGAGAACCUGGACCGCGAGCUCACCAUGGCGGAGGUGCGCGUCCAGGUGGCGACGGAAAAGCUCAACAAGAUUAAGGCCGACCAGACCAUGCUCGGAAAGAAGAUCGCCGAGACGCAGGAGGCCAUCGCGAAGCUGAAGAAGUAA